AUGUCUAUUCGUGCUGUGCCGCAUCCCAGUGGGGUGCCUGUGCGGUUUGACAGUCGCUGGCAUCAAUACACCGCCGGUCAGCCGCCGACGGCCCUCCGGCCGGUCUCCCGCCUUCUCGACCGGCACUUCCCCUUCGACGAGCCGCGGGUGGUGGCCGCCGUCGCCCGCAAGUCGGGCCUCCCGCCGGCGGAGGUGCGGGCCGCGUGGACCCGGCAGGCGCUCUUGGGGAAAAACAUCCACGAGUACAUCGAGAACACCCUGCGGGGACUCCCACCACCCACAUGGACACUCCUCCUGAAACGACAGCAGAAGCGGGAGGAGAUGGAAAAGAUAAACGGGAAUAAUAAUAAUAAUAAUAAUAAUAAUAAUAAUAAUAAUAAUAAUAAUAAUAAUAAUAUGAAGAGUAAGAGUAAGAAGACGAAGAAGAAGGGAAGUAAGAGUGAGGAGGAUACAGAGACGGGGAAAAAGGGAGGGGGAACAGAAAAGUCUAUUGAAGAAGCCAUGUUGCAUGGAGAAGAGGCGGCUUAUAUGGUAGUUGCCGAUCGCGUUGUGGAGAAGAUCAUUAAACAUUACGAUAUCAUUGCCGUUGAACAGGUGAUUGCAAGUCCAUCAUGGGGAAUAGCGGGUACUGUAGACUUUAUUGCUCGUAAUAAACAAACACAUAAACUUCUCAUUGGUGAUUGGAAAACAAGUGGAAGUGUAACGAGUGCUUUUCGCUUUGGUUCCUUUGAAACUCCCUGCACGGGAUGUCUCUUACAUCUCCCUAACAGUAAAUUCUACCGUUACGCCAUGCAAGUGAUUAUAUACGGAGAAAUACUUAAACAUGAAAAGUAUCUCAUGAAUGGCUUCUUUGGACAUCAAGUGAAACCCGUUAGUAAAGCCCUUUCAGAGAUUAACGUUAAUCCACGUGAUGUUCAUGAGGCCCUAGAGUAUGGUAUUGUACAGUUAUCAAAGAAUGAAGAAGGGGAAGUGUGUGCAGAGUUUAAAAAGGUAACAGAGAACACUGUAUUGCCAGUGGAUGCGGGGGAUUUGACAUUCAGAGAACUGUUGAAAAAUGUCAUGACGGCUUAG